AUGCAGUCUCCUACCAAUACCAUCUCUGUGUUCUUUUACUGCACAAUAUUAGUGGUUUGCUUGAGUCAUCAGAGUGAUGCAAGAGACACCAUCAAUACAAGCCAUCCAUUAAGGGACGACGCGAAUGAAAGUCUCGUAUCAGCUGGAGGAAUAUUUGAACUUGGUUUCUUUACUCCUGGUCCUGGAGGAAACAAGAGAUACGUAGGAAUAUGGUAUCACAAUAUGCCAAGAAGAGUAGUGUGGGUUGCAAAUAGAUAUAAUCCAGUGACUGAUUCUUCGGGAUCGUUUGCCAUUGCAGAAGAUGGCAACCUCAAGGUACUUUCGAAUAGAACUGCUUUCGCCAUAACAGAUCUUAAGAAUGCUGGUGUUAACAGGACGGUGAAGCUAAUGGAUUAUGGAAACUUGAAAUUUUUUGAUGGUCGAUCUCCAUUAUGGCAAAGUUUCGAGCAUCCAACAGAUACAUUUCUUCCCGGUAUGAAAAUGAAUGACAGAAUGUUUUUGGCUUCCUGGUCAAACCCAACUGACCCGGCAUUUGGGGAUUUCAAAUUUCGGAAAGAUCAAGAAUUGUACGUGAUAGAAAAUAGAUCCAAUACUUACUGGAGAAGUGAGUCAGGUAUAUCAAUCAUUAAGAAUAAAAUGCCUGAUGCCGUAGCCUACUUGUUGUCUGGAUUUAACGAAGGACUUGAUGAAAGUAAAUAUCCAUCUUUUGGUAGUCAAGACAACAGAACAAUAUCUUUUGAUUUUACAAGGUCUUCCAAUCGUAAUGUUACAUGGCUUUUCAAUUAUACUGUCUCUGGGCUUCUCAUGAGUUGGACGGGGGAAAUACAAUGGUAUACAUGGUUCGACGGGGAAUGGACCUCUCUAUGGUCUGAGCCCCAAGAUAAGUGCAGUGUCUACAAUUUUUGCGGGAAAUUCAGCAUCUGUGAUAGCAAUCGUGAUCCACAAUGCAAUUGUUUGCCUGGAUAUCAAUCUGUUUCCAAAGUGGAUUCGAAUUAUGGGGAUUACCCUGGAGAUUGCGAAAAGAGGAAGCAAAUUAGACGUGACAACAAUGCCAAUCAAUCCACGUUCUGGAAUUUGCAUUUGACCAAUUUCUGGGCUUCAUUCCUUCCAUUUGAUGAGGCUCGAAAUAAGACAGAAUGCGAAAAGGAGUGCCUGAACAACAGCAAAUGCGUGGCCUAUUACACGUCAGAAAAAGAUAAUGCCAAGCGGACAGGAGAUAGUGAUGUUGUUCCUUCAUGUUUUAUUGGGACAGGAGAUCUUGAAAAUCUUUGUCGGGUGGAUGGUGAGAGUCGCGUCCAGCUCAAUGUACGCGUAGACUUGAAAGCACGAGACUGUAAACCUUGUGAUGACAUUAUGAUACCUUAUCCACUGAGCACCGGGCCAAACUGUGGUGAUCCUUUAUACUCUAGUUUCGACUGUGAUAAAUCCACAGGCAUAUUUCAGUUCCAGACUUUGAGCGGAAACUACUCAGUCCUCAACAUUAAUAAGGAGAAUCGUACAUUUGUUAUUGAAGUGAACACGGAAACUGCUAAUAGCUGUGAUGCUAGAAAUUUGUCAGAACAAAUCGUGAAGCUUAACCAAUCAUCUCCAUUCACCGUGACAAAUGGGUGCUAUAAAAGAAGAAUAGAGAUAAGUUGGAAACCUCCUUUGGAGCCCUCUUGCAAUGUAUCCGGUGACUGUCGAGAUUGGUCCAAUUCAAGUUGCCACGCCAGAGCAAAUGGCAUGAGCAGAUGCUAUUGCGACCAAGAAUAUCAAUGGAAUGGCACAAGUUUAAAUUGUGUCCAAGGGACUGGGAGAUCACUUGCCAGAUGGCUAAAAGAUGUUAUUAUUAUCAUAGCGAUAUUUGCUGCAGUUCUACUAGUUUGUUGCUUUAGCUAUUACUUAUAUAGAAGAAAAAAUAUGACUAGAAGAAAAGGAAGUGGCGAAAACAGUGAAGAGAAUCCAGUGCUUUGGUCGUAUGAGAGUAGUGACAGACAAGUAUCAGAUUUGAUGGAUGAAGAAAACAAGAGUGGUGUCGGUGUUCCUUUCUACAGUUGGGAAAGUAUAUUAGCUGCUACAGAGAACUUCUCAGAUGUACAUAAACUUGGAAGAGGGGGAUUUGGACCUGUUUACAAGGGAAUGUUUCCUGGAGGACAAGAGAUUGCAGUGAAAAGGUAUUCAGUUACGAUUUUCAAGAUUUUAAAUUCAACUUAG